UAAUAUAAACGUUUUGGUUGAAUAAAAUAAAAAUACACAGUCGAAAAUAUUUCCACAGCAUUUAAAAGCUGGAGACAUUCAUUCCACUCAACAUACAUUGUUGAAAAAGGAGGCACAUUUUUUUCAAAUUUUGCUGUGGAGUGAAAACAUUUUAGUCCAAUCUCUGAAGAAAUAUCUCAGAGUAAAGAUUCACAGGCCAACUUUCAUCCCCAUGUAUUUGCAUCUGUAUUGGACAAGGAAGAUCUCAUCAUCUGACUGAAACCAUGAAAUUAAAGCUUUGCUUGCUUUGAGGGGGAAACCAUUUCAUCCUUGUGAAAACUUCAACGAACAGUCUCCUUUCUGGUGCUUGGAGGGUCUGUCAGAAGAGGAUGUUCGCAGUGUCAUGGCCAGAUCUGUUUGUGCAAAGUCGGCCUUUGAACUUUGGGGUCACGGACAGACAGAUGGGAACCUCAGAAGUUCUCUGCUUAACUACCCACCACAGAGCAUGAGUCCAUUCAUGCACAAAGAUUCUACCUACAGAAUUAACGUCUAUACUUUCAACAAGACGUUGCAGUUUCAGGACAGAAUCAAAAAAAUUGAUGCUUUGGACUAUCUUCCGUUUGAGGGCACAGUGAGCUUGAAGACCCCUCAGCACAUCUUCUGUUUGCUGGAGGAUUAUGGCACAGAUCCCAACAACAUCCCGGAGGAUCCCAACUACAUCUACUUUGGCAGAUGGAUAGCAGAUGGUCAGCGGGAGCUGAUUCGCACCCACAGUGUGAAGAACAGACACUUCAUAGGAAACACCAGCAUGGAUGCUGGCCUCUCCCUCAUCAUGACCAACCACGCUAAGGUCAAAGAGAACGAUCUCAUCUUUGACCCUUUUGUUGGCACUGGGAGCCUUUUGGUUGCAUGUUCUCAUUUUGGAGCCUAUGUUUGUGGAACAGACAUCGAUUACAACACCAUACACGGCAAAGGGCGGUCCAGCCGCAAAAACCAGAAGUGGAGGGGACCGGACGAGAACAUCAGAGCAAAUCUCCGGCAGUACGGGACAGAGAAGAUGUUUGUAGAUGUGAUGGUUUCUGACGCAUCCAAACCGGUGUGGAGGAACGCUGCUCUGUUCGAUGCUAUCAUCACUGACCCUCCAUAUGGUAUUCGGGAAUCUACAAGAAAAACAGGCUCUUACAAAGAGAACACUAAACUACCUGACUGCACCUACGUCGAGUCUCAUGUGCCGGUCUCACAGGCCUACCACCUGAGUGACAUCUUCACAGAUCUGCUGAACUUCUCUGCUCACCACCUGGUUUUGGGUGGGAGGCUGGUCUACUGGCUGCCUAUCUACAGGCCAGAGUAUUGUGAUGAGAUGGUUCCUGUUCACCCGUGUCUUCAGAUCAUCAGCAACUGCGAACAGAUGCUCUCCAGCCAAACUUCUCGACGCCUGAUCACUAUGGAGAAAGUCAAAGAGCCAGAGGAAUCUGACAUCAUUGCUCAUCUAUCAGACCCCCACUUCAGCGCCUACCAGGGACACAAUGCCUUCAGGGAGAAAUACUUCAGUGGACUGAAUAAGAGAUGUGGCAAAGAGGACACAAAAUAUUUCAAUAAAAAUUAGUCAAUCCAGACAUCUUAACAAAUUUUUUUUUUUUGCUCCAUUAUUAAAAAUGUACUAUAUUAAACAUGU